AUGUUAAACUUCUUGCCUUUGACAUGUCCAUCCCACAAUUUGCUUUUCAACAAAGGCUCAUUUCAGCGAAUUGUUGUAGGGAAAUCCAAGAAUGUAUUGCAAGUGGACAAUGGAACAAUAACAUCUCUUUUUAAGAACAUCCGCAGCGAUGUAUUAUUGCACAACUCAAGCUACGCUCCACUCAAACAUCGUAAUUUCAUGGAGUUAAAGCUCGCGGCGUAUCGUCUAAUUGAAGCACAUGACCAUCCAGAGUUAUGCCACAAAACUAGCAUAAAAGAUGUAUCCUGGUUUAAUAUGAUUAGGGACUCCUACAUCUCUCAGGUUUACAACCUAGAAGCAGAUAUUGUAAAGCAUAUCAAACCCACAAAAUUGAAGUACCUGAUUGAAACAAAUAUGUGA